AUUCUAUUGAAACGAUUUCUGAGUUACAGGAGGAGCGAUUCGAAUAAAAAAAAUACAUGCAAACUGGGCUGAUGAUUUCAACAGUGCUUGAAGUACCUGGCACUAAAGGAGCUGAACUUCAUGAGGAUAUCAAGAAAUCAUCAUGGAAGCUGUGGAAAACCAGAAGAUACAUUAUAGCUCUACUAGGAUUCGGAGGAUUCUUCAUGAUGUAUGCCUUGAGAACCAAUCUCAGCAUUGCAAUAGUACCAAUGACUGAAAUGAAAAACAUCACAUCACAAAAUGGUACAAUCAUACAGAAGAGAGAAUUCGAUUGGGACACACAGACUCAAGGAUACGUGUUGAGCUCCUUCUUCUAUGGCUACAUAUUGACCCCGAUUCUGGGAGGCUAUUUGGCAGAGAGGUUUGGAGGAAAGAAAACACUCGCUGUUGGGAUUGGUGUAACAUCUUUACUCACUGUCAUCACACCAUGGGUUGCUAGAAUUAAUGUGUACCUAUUUAUACUUAUUAGGACACUAGAGGGAAUAUUCGAAGGUGUCAGUUAUCCUUGCAUUUAUUCGCUAUGGUCAAAAUGGGCUCCUCCCUUGGAAAGAUCUCGUUUGCUAGCUACGUCAUUAUCUGGAUCAUAUGUUGGUAUCAUAGUUUCCAUGCCUGUAUGUUCUCUACUGGCUACAUCAAUUGGAUGGGAGAGCAUAUUUUAUGUUUUUGGAACUAUUGGUUUGUUGUGGACAUUCUUAUGGGUACAGUUCGUAGGAGAUUCUCCCGAAGAAGAUUCUAGGAUAAAUAACUUGGAAUUGGAAUACAUCACGAACUCCAAAGCUAAAGUUAAGAAUGAAACCAAACUAAGAACACCUUGGAUUGCGAUGAUGAAAUCUCUACCGGUCUGGGCGAUAAUAGUUGCUAAUGUUAGCGAUAACUGGGGUUUCUACACUCUCCUAACUGAACUACCGAAAUUCAUGAAGCAUGCUCUCCACUUCGAUUUGAAUCAAGCAGGAUUCAUAUCGUCUGUGCCCUACUUGGUUCUCUCCGUCUCGACUGUGAUUGGAGGGCAUGUGGCUGAUUGGUUCCUACGAGUUAGUCCAUUCUCAACUAGCGCAGUGAGGAAGAUAUUCAAUACUAUCUCUUUCAUGGGUCAGAUGCUGUUCUUGAUACUAGCGGCGUACCUGAUGUCACCCUUGCCUACCACCAUCUGCUUCACCUUGGCAACUGGCAUGGCUGGUUUUGCAGCAGGCGGAUUCGGGGUGAAUCAUCUGGAUAUUGCUCCUGAAUUUGCUGGAACCAUUUGUGGGGUGGCAUUGACCCUUGCUGUCAUUCCUGGUAUCGUUAGCCCCAUUCUCACUGGAUAUAUCGUGACUGAUGAGGAAAGCACUGAUGAGUGGAAAAUUGUAUUCUACAUAUCUGCCUGUAUCUACCUAAUCGGCAUUAUUUUUUACGUCUCAUUUGCUUCCGGGGAACUCCAGCCAUGGGCGAUGAAGAUCGAUUCAUCAAAAGAAACCCAUGAAGAGGAAUCAAGAGGUGAAACUUGCGAAGGAUCCGUUAACAGAAGCUUCCAGGAUGAGCAGAUAUCUUCAAACGUAUAAUAGAGUGGAGUCAGGGAUCAUGGACUGCCGUUUAUCUUUCGAGUUAUUUCGGGAAGUAUCUAACGAUUAUAUGAAUUCGAAAUGGUGAUGGUGUAGCCAGAAGAUUUAUUAGAUCGGAUUAUGAUAACAAACUUAGAUAGAUAUGAACGAAUGAUAAUAUUUUGGAUAAUUGAAAGGAACUGUAUUUCAAUUGGUCAAAAAUAUGGUGGAGUAAUAGGAAAUACUUAUAGCAGCUAUAUCUGAUGUCUACUAAUGACAAAAUAGGAGAUGUAGUUAUCGUUCUCAGCAUCGGUACACACAGUUCGUGUACCCAUAGCUUCCAUCUUGAGCUUUGAAUCCACUAUUCAUAUCCACUUUAUUGGAUGAAAGCAGGGAUAUAUCCAUUAUUCUGCUCUUUACCCCUAUAGUUGUGCUUUUUUUAUCCCCACAUUCCACUCCUUACUUUGUGGAGCUCUGUUUCGCAUUGUUUUUCUCCUUGUUGAUUCUUCAAAGUAUUCAAUGAUCAAGUUGGGUUAUUUGAAAAACUAUUUCAUGAUUGCCGCCUCUAUUAUUUCAGAGUUGAGAAAUACAAAUUAUCCAAAACGAGCGCUAUCUCUAUAUUGAACCUUUCAUGCAACAUUCAUCUACUCAGCUGAUCAAUAAUAUGAAAUGAAAUCAUUUUCGAAAGUGUUUGAAACAUACAUUGAAAAAAAUCACCUGAAAAUGUCGUGAGCACGAAAAUGUCAUCAACUAUUUGAACUGUCAGAAACGAUAGAUACCAAUAGAAUUAACACACUUGUAGAGGAAUUAUUUUUUUUUUCUAUCAAUGUUCUGGUUCCCACGAGAAGGGAUAUAGAGUUAUUUUCAGAGAACAUCGUGAGAACCAAGGAAAAUAAAGUAGGAAUUGGUGUUCUUCUUGACUCAAUGAAAUGAUAUAUCAUCUCAAACUGGAAUAGAUCACGCUUGUAGUUUUGUCAAAAAUAGGGUAUUCAAUAUUAUCGGAUAUAUUCCAUGAUCUCCAACUCUACUCUUAUAAUAAGAAUAAUACUCAUUGUCUGCUCUUUCGAAUUGAAUUGAUUUGUGAUUUUUUUAUUGAAGUUAUGAUAUGCAAACUCUUACAGAGUAUAUACUGAAAUGAGAAAUAUUCGAAUAGUGCUCCGUGAGAACAUGUAUGUUUAUAUUAUUUUAUGAGGGCGAGUUCAAUAUAAUAUACGAUUAUUCCAUAAUCAACCAUAUGUACAUAAUAUAUUGAUUCAAAUAUAUUCAGGUUG